AUGAGCUGCUAUGGCAGCUAUUAUGGAGGCCUGGGCUAUGGCUAUGGUUAUGGCUCUGGUUAUGGCUGUGGAUGUGGCAGCUUCCAUGGCCUACGCUAUGGCUUUGGCAACUAUGGCUAUGGAGGCCUAGGCUAUGGUGGCUAUGGGUAUGGCUGCUGCUGUCCAUCUUGCUAUAGAAGAUCUGUGAAGCCUGACACAAUGAGCUACUACGGCAGCUACUAUGGGGGCCUGGACUAUGGCUAUGGCUCUGGUUAUGGUUGUGGAUGUGGAAGCUUCCGUGGCCUAGGCUAUGGCUUUGGCGGCUUGGGUUAUAGAGGCCUGGGCUAUGGUGGCUAUGGCUAUGGCUGUUACCACCCAUCUUGCUAUGGAAGAUAUUAUUCCUAUGGCUUCUACUGA